AUGGCCAAUACUGGCCUAGGCUUAAUCAUCAUUGGAUGUAAUAAUUUGUGUGCAAUAGACUCAGGUUUGGAAGAGGCGAUAAGGCGGCUAGGCGGUAGCUGUGGAUUUGACAUCGUGCGCUUCACAACCGCCGACGCAUUCUCGCGCGACGAAGCAGCCGCUCUGAAGCGCAUCCGCGACGGGCACAUGGACGGCUUUUCAUGGUACACCGAAGAGCGAGUGCGCCGUGCCAACCGUCCGCAGGAACUUCUCGAAGGCGCAAAAUCAGUCAUAUCGCUCGCACUCAGCUACAACACGGGCGAGCCGAAUCCACCUGAUUCUCAGCCCCGCGGCAAGAUAGCCCGCUACGCAUGGGGCGACGACUACCACGAUGUCAUCAAGAAGCGUCUCCGCAAGUUCGUCUCCAAGCUGCCAUCCAUCGCAGGGCGCCCGGUCAGCACUCGCAUUUUCGUUGACGACGGACCAAUGAAUGACCGCGCGGCUGCGGCCCGCGCAGGUAUCGGCUGGUUCGGCAAGAACACCAACAUCCUGACGCAGAGCCACGGCUCGUGGGUAUUUCUGGCGCAGGUAAUCACCGACAUUCCACUCGAACCAGACGCGCCACUAAAGAAGACCUGCGGCGAGUGUGUCCUCUGCAUAGACGCUUGCCCUACAGGGGGCAAUUGUCUCUCCUUAUGUCAUAGACAACAAGCGCUGCAUUUCAUACCUUACCAUCGAGCUACGCGGCGCAAUCCCACGCGAACUUCGCCCUCUGGUCGGAGAUUGGGUUUUCGGGUGCGACAUCUGUCAGGAUGUCUGCCCUGUCAACCGCAAGGCAAUCGGUAG